UUGACGUGUUAGUGAAAUGGUCUGAACACACUGGCGGGAGAGAAGCACAGGGAUCUUAUUGUUAGCCUGUGAUUCGGAGCGCGGUGAACUAAGUAUUUUCUUGCAUGUUGAUUUUUUUUUUUUUUAAUUCACCGAAGAGGUACAAAGCUCAAUAGGACGCUCGGCUUUUAAUUUAUAUAUUUGUUUGAUAAAAGUCGUCCGCGGGAAAUAAUCUAUCUGGUUUUCCUAGAAACGUAAAAGCUAGCUAGGAGAGCUAACAUUUUAUUAAGUCCAUUGUGUCUUUAGAAAACUUUCAUAAGAAUAAAAUAUAUAUCUAUAUUAAAAAAAACCCAGCAAUAAUCUAUAAUUCAUCCUUGUUUAUUUGCUUCUUUGGAAAUUUUACGACAGUUUGCGACAUUUAUUUGCUUGUUGACUCGCUAACUAGCUAAAAAAAAAAAAAAGCUAAUGGCGAAGGUUCAGGUGUUAAACGUUGCUGUUUUGGACAAUCCGAGUCCUUUCGGGAAUCCUUUUCAGUUCGAGAUCACUUUCGAGUGCAUGGAGGAUCUUCCUGAAGAUCUCGAGUGGAAGAUCAUAUACGUGGGCUCAGCUGAGAGCGAGGAGUAUGAUCAGACCCUGGACUCGGUCCUGGUGGGGCCGGUCCCUGCAGGGAGACACAUGUUUGUGUUCCAGGCAGAUGCUCCGAACACGGGCCUGAUCCCUGAGAGCGAUGCUGUGGGCGUCACCGUCGUCCUGAUCACCUGCACAUACAGAGGACAGGAGUUUAUUCGCAUCGGCUAUUACGUCAACAACGAGUACACAGACGCUGAGCUCCGGGAAAACCCACCUCUCAAACCCGAUUACUCACAGCUCCAGAGAAACAUUUUGGCGUCGAAUCCCCGAGUAACCCGAUUCCACAUCAACUGGGAGGGAUGUUCUGAGAAGAUGGAGGACUCCGAGAACGUGGAUCCGGCUCCGAACGUGAUGCUGCCUCCGUCAGGUCCUCCGGCCAAAGCGCCUCCGCUCGGACUCAUCCCGGAAAACUCCAUGGACUUCUUGUAGAGCCUCCGAUCCAUCCAUCACCACCGUGAAGAGCUUGUACGCCCCAGAUCCACCUGGGCAGACGCGCUGUCUUGCUGAACAGCAGGGACAAUAAAAACCUUUUUUUGUUUUGCAGAUUUGUGUUUCAGUAUUUUGAUGAGGUUGAUUAUCACGGAUCUCCAAUAUGGAUUGUUUUAAAGGUUAAGUUUGUUACACAUGCAGCAGGAUUUUUCAGAUUAACUACCUUGAAGUAUGCAGGUGAAAUUGUACUAUACUGUAUAUAUGUUUACUUCUGUUUGUAUUCUGGCUCUCCAAAUAAAUAAAUAUCUUUUGUUA